GCGCGCGGCUUCAGCUUCCGUAACCGUGUGUACGACAGGCCUACGUCUUCCAAAGGUACGUGAACCUGAGAAGCAUCGCGGCUCAAAGUCAAACAAUUUAGGCUCAACAGCAGUGCCCGAGCGGCAACAAUGCUGAACAUAAACAAGGAAAACUCGAGGGUUGCCUGCCGGAAGUGUGGCUACAGUGGCCACCUGACCUACCAAUGCCGGAACUUCAUCCGAGCCGACCCCGCAAAAGAUGUAACCCUGGACAUCAGCAGCACAAGCAGCGAACAGAGCGAAGAUGAGGCAGACGCCUACAUGCCAGCAUUGCCGCAGAAAACAGAUGAUUCCCGAACAAAAUCUAAGAAUGAAACGGACAGAAAUCAAAGCGGACAGAAAAGGAAAAAAAGAAAGAAGCUGAAGGAGAGACGUCGAAGGCGCAGCCGUUCCCGCUCCCCUUUGUCGUCCUCAUCUGACAGUGAGUCACUCAUCUCAUCCUCUUGCCAGGACUCUUCCUCAUCGUCGUCGUCUGAGGAGGAGCAUGGCCGGAGAAGGAGGAAGAAAGACAAGAAAAGGUCUCACCUUCACAGCAAAGUCAAGAAAGAGAAGAGACGACAUAAAAAGUCUCGAAGAAAGACCAAGAAGAGAAAGAAAGGAUAUUCCUCAAGCUCUAGCAGUGACUCGUAUUGAAAAUGACCACAGCAUCUGCCUCUUUUAUUGACAAGUUUUCUUUUUGAAAACUUUGAAGGUUCAGCGCUUUUAUAUUGUUCUUCACUCUGCAAAUGUCCUGUACACAUCCAUCAGUGGUUUUGUUGGCGAGUUUUGCCCAGUCAUGGCAUUGUUCUCCCAGUGAGUUCUGCCGAGGAAGUAUGGAGGUGGAUUUGUAGCCUUGUGUAUGAGGCUGAAGAAGGGAAACAUUUGCAUGUGCAUGCUCAGGCUACAUUUUUACCAGAAUGCUCACAAUUAUUUUCUUCUGACUGGCAUGCAUCCAAGUGCAUAUGCAUACCAAUGUAGCACUGAAGUUUAUGUCGUCACUAAUAUCAUGUGUGUCACGCUUUAUCUGCUGUGGAUGAGUUUCCAUUCGAAGUGCUUUUGCCAUCUAAAAAGCAACAUUGAACUUUCAAGCACAUUGUUGGAAUUUGCAUAUUAAUUACCCAAUUUUGCUCUGUAUGACCAUGACUAAUGCUGGGGUAUUUGGAUCCCGCCCAAUAUAAUACCCGGCACACAGCACUUGGCUUGCCCACUGGACAACUACCCAAUGACGCUUGGCCACAGCGGAGUGUGCAGCGCUCGCUAAGUUCACUCGGUCUAGGCUUGCUACAGGUGGGCACAGUGGCUCGUGUGCCCGCUCCCCAGUAGUCCAUGGACAUGUAUGCCCCGCAACAAUGCCCAGCCCCCACUUGUACAUAGAGUGCGCCUCACAAGUUUUUAUUUCAUCUAAUUCCCAGUCAACAUUAUCCGUAAAAUUUGCCUAUUUUUUAUCUUGCGUAUUUUAAGUUUUGUUUUUUGCAAGUUCUUUUCCAAAACCCUUUCUGAAUGUAAUGAUAUAUAUAAAACAGCCCCUUCUAAGUAAACUUAGAGCCAUUCCAUGAAAAUUAUUUCCCCAAAUUAUCUUCCCCGCAAUUAUGAAAUAAAUAGACACAAGAAAAACACCA